AUGGAGGAGACGCGCGUGAUUUACCACCUCGAGGACCAGCACACGCCGUACCUCGUGCGCAUCGGCGUGCCCGCGCAGCGCGUGACCCUGCUGGACGUGAAGAACGCGCUGAACAAACCACACGCGCGCUUCUUCUUCAGGUCCGAGGACCGAGACUUUGGUGUGGUGAAGGAGGAGAUCAGUGAUGAUGGAGCUGUUCUUCCCUGCGCCAACGGAAGGAUCGUCUGCUGGCUGGUGUCUGCAGACUCUCAGUUGGACUUCAGAGGUUCUGACGUCAUGUCCGUGGCCACGCCCACCAGCAGCACGGCCCCGCCCUUCCGCCUGACCCCGCCCCCUUCGGACAGAGCCCCGCCUCCCCCGGACAAAGCCCCGCCCCCCGAGAGGACCAGAGGCAUCGGAGACUCUCGUCCUCCGUCGUUCCAUGCUCUUCAGGAGGACUCUGAAGGACACGCCCACCUCCACAAACCGUCCAAUCGUCAUCGAGCGCACAGAGGCAGCUCGUCCAAUCAGCAGCAGAGCAGCGAACUGGAAACAACCAGUUUCUGUUCAUCUGGAGACUCAGGAGGAAGGUUCAGCCAAUCAGAGCAGAGCAGCUCGUCUCCUCGUCUGUUUCGGCGUCAACGGCGUCGACAUCGGAAGAAGCCGACUCAGCCCAUGGACAAGUCCUUGAGCAGUGUGACCGACUCCACCAUGUCCCUGAACAUCACCACAGUCACACUCAACAUGGAGCAGCAUCACUUCCUGGGCGUGAGCGUCCUGGGGCAGAGCACAGAUCGAGGAGACGGAGGGAUUUACAUCGGCUCCAUCAUGAAAGGAGGAGCAGUGGAGGCGGACGGACGAAUAGAACCAGGAGACAUGUUACUGCAGGUGAACGACAUAAACUUUGAAAACAUGAGCAACGACGACGCCGUGAAAGUCCUGAGAGACGUACUACACACACCAGGACCCGUCACGCUGACUGUGGCCAAGUGUUGGGACCCGAGCCCCCGGAGCUGCUUCACCCUCCCCCCCAGUGAACCUGUCAGACCCAUCGACCCGGCGGCCUGGGUCUGUCACACGGCCGCCAUGACAGGACGCCUCACCCCCCACUACUCGGUCCAUGAGGAGACCCCUCUGAGCGUCCACAGUGACAUCACGGCGGUGGUGGCGGCGAUGGCCAAUCACAGAUCAGGACUCGAGGUCCGAGACCGACUGUGGCUCAAGAUCACCAUCCCCAACGCCUUCAUCGGGUCGGACGUGGUGGACUGGUUGCUGCUUCAUGUUGAGGGUUUCUGUGAUCGUCGUGAAGCUCGUAAAUACGCCUCAAACCUGCUGCAGAGCGGCUUCAUCAGACACACGGUCAGCAAGGUCUCCUUCUCCGAACAGUGUUACUACAGCUUUGGAGACGUGUGCACAGAGCUGGGUCUUCUGACUGUGGAGGACCCAGAAGAGUCUCGUGUUUCGGAGCCAGAGUCCUGCGCUGUGCCCCACCCCUACAGCGCCCCCCACAGGCUGCAGCCCAACAGAGACGCAGGCAGCCACCACAGCCACGGAAGUGGGGGUGGGUCAAACUGUAGUGAAAAACACAGAGAUGAAGUCGACCAAUCAGAGCUCAGAGCGGCUCAGACUCCGCCCCCUGCCUCCAGACAGUCAUUCCGAUUGGCCGUCGGAAACCCCAGCGAGUUCUUUGUGGACGUCAUGUGACCAGAACAAACCAAUCAGCUGCAGCCUCCACUGUGCACCGCUUUAA